AUGAAGUUCGGCAAGAAAAAAGACGAUAGGCUUUCUUCGUCCAAUCCUCUUCUCCACGAACAAGCAUUGACUCGAAGAGCGCCAGCACAGGCCGCGAUCUCGAAAGGUCCGGAAGCAGCCCGAGAGGCGGCAUGGCAACCGCCCCUACAACGGCAUAUCAAACCGGACGAUGGGUCUGAAUUUGUAACAAUCAGGAUACGCAUUCUAAACGGAGACUCGGAGCAUGAUUUCAAUGCCAAGUUCAACGCCGGCCCGCUCUUGGGUUCACGAAUAUGCGCUAUAAUAAGCGAAAAGGAAGGGUUGCCUCGUGAAGCUCGGAAGCUGUUUGCCUUGUGGAUCAUUGCUAAGGACUUAGCAGAGCUCCAGGUCCGUCCGGACCUCGAUAUAUUCUCCAUCAUGGAUAAGUGGAACACCAUGGUUCUCGAUUACACACAUUAUCCGGAGGCAAUAGAUCCAGGUCAUCCGAUCAAUCGACAUUGGUUCGUGUUUCGACGUGAGGCGACCGUCACGAGAUCGCAAGAGCGAAAAUACACAGAUCCUUCGACUGUCAGACUCCUAUACGGCGAGGCGAGAAGAAAUGUCAUGACUGGCAGAUAUGUUUGCACCUUGUCAGAUGCCGUCGCUUUGGGCGGAAUGAUGCUCGCCAUUUCCACGGGAGCCUAUGACAAAGUCCGACAUUCACCUGGAUAUAUAAUGAAACAUGAUCACUGGCAAACCUUGGUCCCGCGGAGAUUUUAUGAUGACCUGAAGCCGGAGGAAUGGGAAGUAUGUCUCUCAACAGAACAUCAAAAACAUGUGGGUCGAUCGACUGAGAGCAUCCGAAUACUGUAA